AUGGAGCAGAGCAUCAUGGGGCUUCUGCUGUUCCAGCGACACAGUGACUUCAACAACUUUUCUCUGUGUUUCUCUGCAGGAUCAUUCAGGAAUGAAGGCAUCAGGGCGUCCGACGUCCUGCCUGUGUUAAAGGAGAAAGUUGCCUUUGUGUCAGGUGGGCGAGAUAAAAGAGGAGGACCAAUUUUGACGUUUCCUGCCCGAAGUAACCACGACCGAAUAAAACAAGAAGACCUGAGGAGGCUGGUCACGUACCUCUCCACUGUUCCCAGUGAGGACGUAUGUAAACGCGGUUUCACUGUAAUCAUCGACAUGCGUGGGUCAAAGUGGGAACUGAUCAAGCCCCUGCUGAAGACGCUGCAGGAGUUCUUCCCUGCCGAGAUAUGUGUGGCGCUCAUCAUCAAACCGGACAACUUCUGGCAGAAGCAGAAAACAAACUUUGGCAGCGCAAAGUUCUCCUUCGAGACCAGUAUGGUGUCAGUUGAAGGUCUGGCCAAACUGGUGGAUCCCUCCCAGCUGACGGAUGACUUUGAGGGGUCUUUGGACUACAACCACGACGAGUGGAUGGAGCUGAGAGUAUCUCUGGAGGAGUUCAUGUCCAGUGCUGUUCACCUGCUGUCUCGACUGGAGGACCUGCAGGAGCUUCUGUCCAAGAAGGAGUUUCCUGCAGAUGUGGAGGGAUCUCGUCGCUUGAUUGAGGAACACACACAACUUAAGAAAAAGGUGCUGAAGGCUCCAAUUGAGGAGUUGGACCGGGAAGGCCAGAGGUUGCUGCAGUGUAUCCGAUCAAGUGAUGGUUUUUCAGGGAGGAACUGCAUAUCUGGCUCUGCUGACUUCCAGAGCCUGGUGCCCAAGGUGGCCAGUCUGCUGGAUAAGCUCCACUCAACGCGGCAGCACCUCCAUCAAAUGUGGCACGUCAGGAAGCUCAAGCUGGACCAGUGCUUCCAGCUCCGCCUCUUCGAACAGGACGCAGAGAAGAUGUUUGACUGGAUCAGCCACAACAAGGAACUCUUCCUACAGAGCCACACAGAGAUCGGCCGCACUUACCAACAUGCUGUGGAGCUGCAGACUCAACACAACCACUUUGCCAUGAACUCCAUGAAUGCUUAUGUAAACAUCAACAGAAUCAUGUCAGUGGCUAGCCGUCUGGCUGAAGCUGGUCACUACGCCUCCACACAGAUAAAACAGAUCUCAGGUCAGCUGGAUCAGGACUGGAAAAGUUUUGCUGCUGCGCUAGACGAGCGCUCCACCAUCCUCACCAUGUCGUCUGUCUUUCACCAGAAGGCUGAACAGUUCCUGUCGGAGGUGGAGGCCUGGUGUAAAGUCUGCAGUGAGGGAGGGUUACCUUCUGAGAUGCAGGAGCUGGAGCUCGCCAUCCACCGCCACCAGAGCCUGUACGAGCAGGUAACCCAGGCUUACACUGAGGUGAGUCAGGAUGGCAAAGCCCUAUUGGAUGUCCUCCAGAGGCCUCUGAGUCCCGGCAACUCUGAUUCGCUGACAGCCAGUGCCAAUUACUCCAAAGCGGUUCACUGUAUCCUGGACGUGGUUCAUGAGGUUCUCCAUCAUCAGCGGCGUCUGGAAAACAUUUGGCAGCACCGAAAGGUCCGACUGCACCAGAGACUGCAGCUGUGUGUGUUCCAGCAGGACGUCCAGCAGGUGAUGGACUGGAUAGAGAACCACGGCGAGGCUUUCCUCAGCAAACACACUGGUGUCGGGAAAUCACUUCACAGAGCCCGAGCACUGCAGAAAAGACACGACGACUUUGAAGACGUAGCUCAGAACACAUACACUAAUGCAGACAAAUUGCUGGAGGCGGCUGAGCAGUUGGCUCAGACUGGAGAGUGCGACCCAGAAGAAAUCUACAAGGCAGCCAGACACUUGGAGGUCCGGAUCCAGGACUUCGUCCGACGAGUGGAACACAGGAAGCUGCUGCUCGACAUGUCCGUCUCCUUCCACACACACACUAAGGAGCUGUGGUCAUGGAUGGAGGAGCUCCAGAAGCAGCUCUUGGAUGAAGUUUGCUGCGACUCCGUGGACUCAGUUCAGACUCUGAUCCAGCAGUUCCAGCAGCAGCAGACGGCCACACUGGAAGCAACGCUCAACGUGAUUAAAGAGGGAGAGGAAUUAAUACAGCAGCUCAGAGAUGCUGCCAUGUCGACCAACAAGACGCCACACUGCAGUUCCAUUGCGCACAUCCAGGGGGUGCUGCAGCAGCUGGACGAGGCCCAAGGCCAGAUGGAGGAGCUGUUCCACGAACGCAAAAUCAAACUUGACAUCUUUCUCCAGUUACGCAUCUUUGAGCAGUACACUAUCGAGGUCACAGCAGAGCUGGAGGCUUGGAACGAGGAUCUAUCUCGUCAGCUGAACGAUGGCAGCCGCUCGGGCGGUGGCAGCAGCAGCGGCAGCAGCGGCUCCUCCUUUGGCAGCGCAGAGGACAUCGGCCUAGCAGAGCAGCGGCUGAAACGACACGCGGAGCGGAAGGCUGCCAUGAAUAACAUGACCUAUGAAGUGAUGCAGCAGGGUCAAGACUUGCACCAGUACAUCAUGGAGGUUCAGGCCUCAGGGAUCGAACUGACAGGGGAGAAAGACAUGGACUUGGCCUCUCAGGUUCAGGAGCUGCUGGAGUUCCUCCACGAAAAGCAGCAGGAGGUGGAGCUCAACGCGCAGCACACGCACACACGGCUGGAGCAGAUUCUGCAGCUACGCCAUCUACAGGCUGAGGUUAAGCAGGUGUUGGGUUGGAUUCGUAACGGUGAGUCCAUGUUGAACGCCAGCAUGGUGAACGCCAGCUCGCUGUCUGAGGCUGAGCAGCUGCAGAGGGAACAUGAACAGUUCCAGAUGGCGAUAGAGUCUCUGUUUCACGCUAACUCUCUUCAGAAGACUCAUCAGAGCGCUCUGCAGGUCCAGCAAAAAGCCGAGAUGAUGCUCCAGGCAUGUCACUACGAUCCAGAGGCGAUUCGAAACUGUGCAGAGAAAGUGGCCGUUCACUGGCAGCAGUUGAUGCUGAAGAUGGAGGACCGCCUGAAGCUUGUGAAUGCCUCGGUGGCCUUUUACAAGACGUCUGAGCAGGUGUGCAGUGUUUUAGAGAGCCUGGAGCAGGAGUACCGCCGGGACGAGGACUGGUGUGGCAGUCAUGAUAAACUGGGAACUUCGGCUGACAGCGAGCACCUUCUACCUCUGAUCAGUAAACACCUGGAGCAGAAAGAAGCUUUUCUUAAGGCAUGCACUCUGGCUCGAAGGAACGCUGAGGUGUUUCUGAAGUAUAUUCACAGGAACAAUGUGAGCAUGCCCGGAGCAGCCGGUCACACCAGAGGCCCUGAGCAGCAGGUCAAAGCGAUUCUGAACGAGCUGCUGCAGCGAGAGAACAGAGUGCUUCACUUCUGGACAUUAAAGAAACGAAGGCUGGACCAGUGUCAGCAGUAUCUAGUGUUUGAACGCAGCACCAAACAGGCUCUCGAUUGGAUCCAGGAAACAGGUGAUGUUUACCUGACUACGCACACGUCACCCGGCGAAAGCAACGAGGAAACUCAGGAGCUCCUCAACGACUACCAUCAUUUCAGACACUCUGCCAAGCAAACCAAGGAGAAGGUGAAGCUGCUUAUCCAGUUGGCUGACAACCUGGUGGAGAAAGGCCACGCCCACGUGUCAGAGCUGAAGCGAUGGGUGAGCACGAUGGACCGCAGGUACCGCGACUUCUCCAUUCGAAUGGCCAAAUACCAGGAGAGCCUCGAGAGGAGCCUGGGGGUCAGCUCGGAGGACAAUAAAGAUUUAGAGUUGGAUAUUAUCCCUGCCAGCCUGACAGACGACCCCGAGGUCAAACUACGUGACCCCAACCAUGAGGUCAAUGAAGAGAAGAGGAAGUCUGCCAGGAAGAAAGAGUUCAUCAUGGCAGAGCUGCUGCAGACAGAGAAGUCCUACGUCAAAGAUCUCAACGAAUGUCUUGAGACCUAUCUGUUGGUGAUGACCAGCGGUACGGAGGACAUUCCUCCUGGCAUCGCCAACAAGGAGCACAUCAUCUUCGGCAACAUGCAGGAGAUCUACGACUUCCACAACAAUAUUUUCCUGAAGGAGCUGGUGAACUAUGAGCAGCUACCAGAGGACGUUGGUCACUGCUUCGUCACCUGGGCUGAUAAAUUCCACAUUUAUGUGGAUUACUGUAAGAACAAACCAGACUCCAGUCAGCUCAUACUGGAGCACGCUAGCACCUUCUUCGACGACAUUCAGCAGAAACGUGGACUGGCCAACUCCAUCUCCUCCUACCUCAUCAAACCAGUCCAGAGGAUCACCAAGUACCAACUACUGCUGAAGGAGUUAUUGUCUUGCUGUGAAGAAGGCAAAGGGGAGAUUAAAGAUGGUUUGGAGGUGAUGCUAAGUGUUCCUAAGAGAGCUAAUGAUGCCAUGCACCUUGCCAUGUUGGAGGGCUUUGAGGUGAACCUAGAUGUGCAGGGUGAGCUGAUCCUGCAGGACAGUUUCCAGGUUUGGGAUCCGCGAUCUCUCAUCAGGAAGGGGCGGGACAGACACCUCUUCCUGUUUGAGUUCUCGCUCGUCUUCAGCAAAGACAUCAAAGACUCAGCUGGCAGAACCAAGUACCAGUACAAGAACAAACUACUGACGUCUGAGUUGGGGGUGACCGAGCACAUUGAGGGUGACCCGUGUAAAUUUGCCCUGUGGGCAGGAAGAACCCCUUCCUCUGACAAUAAAACUGUGCUAAAAGCGUCCAAUAUGGAAGCUAAACAGGAGUGGAUUAAAAACAUCAGGGAGGUGAUCCAGGAGAGGAUGACUCACCUGAAGGGGCCGCUCAAGGAGCCUCUUCAUAUGCCCAAAACACCAGCAUUGAACAAACCCAGGAAUAACACAAAGAGGGAGGGAGGUGAAGAUGGAGACAGUCAGGGAGAUGGCAGCAGCCAACAAGACAACAUCUCCAUCGCUUCCCGGACGUCCCAGAACACUGUAGACAGCGACAAGCUCUCUGGUGGUUGUGAGUUGACGGUCGUCCUUCAUGACUUCACAGCAGGAUGCAGCACGGAGAUGUCUGUCAGCACAGGUCAAACGGUCGAGUUGUUGGAGCGGCCGAGUGAGCGGCCCGGCUGGUGUCUGGUCCGAACCACCGACCGCAGCCCUCCUCAGGAGGGACUGGUUCCCAGCUCCGCGCUCUGCGUGUCCCACUCGCGCUCCAGUGUGGAGAUGGACUGUUUCUUCAACUCGGGAAAAGAAAACUAUCCAGUCAGCAGCUCUGAUGGGAAGACGGAGUCCGUGGCGAACCUCCAGCCGCAGCCGUCCCUCAGCUCCCUGCAGUCCAGCUCCCCGGGUCCCAAACGCUCCGGAAACACUCUCAGAAAAUGGCUGACCAGUCCAGUCCGCCGCCUCAGCCACGGCAGCUCCGUCAAGAAGCUCCCCAAUAACAAACAGAAGAAGACGGGACCAGGAUCUGGAAGAGAGGAAAACAGGAAGAGUAUCGACGGCGGACAGCCUGACCUCGCUCUGCAGGAUGACAACAUUGAAGAGAGGGUCCUCUGUAAGGAUGGUAACCUCCUUUCUAAGACCUCCUCCGGGAUUCAGAGCGGUGGCGAGGAGGAGCAGGACGAGGAGGCCCACACUCCUCUGCCUCCCCCCAUGGAGAUCAUCAAGGACUCAGCUCAGGAUGAUAAGUCUUCAUCCUUGCUAACGUCUCUGCAGUCGUCCUCUGAGGUGCCCAGCGCUGCAGAGCUGGUUAGCGCCAUAGAAAAACUGGUUAAAACCAACAUGACUCUGGAACCAGGAGCGUACCCUGGGUUCUCCUCGCUCUCUCCGCCCGAACAAACCACUCCCGUCCAACCGCGGAACCCUGAGCUGGAGCAAAUAGCCAAAGCUAUGAGAGGACGAAUGUUUGUUCUGAACGAGCUGAUUCAGACAGAGAAGGACUACGUCAAAGACUUGGGCAUCGUGGUGGAGAGUUUCAUGAAGAAAAUCGAGGAGAAGGGCAUCCCCGAGGACAUGAAAGGAAAAGACAGAAUCGUCUUCGGGAACAUCCACCAGAUCUUCGACUGGCACAGAGAUUUCUUCGUAGGAGAGCUGGAGAAAUGUCUGGAGGACAAUGACCACCUGGCUGAGCUCUUCAUCAAACACGAGAGAAGACUCCACAUGUAUGUGGUUUAUUGUCAAAAUAAGCCGAAGUCCGAGUUCAUCGUAGCAGAAUAUGACACAUAUUUUGAUGGAAUCCAGCAGGAGAUCCAGUCCAGACUGAGCCUCAGUGACUUCCUCAUCAAACCAAUACAGAGAAUCACCAAAUACCAGCUGCUACUGAAGGACUUCCUGAAGUACAGCCUAAAGGCAGGAGUUGACUGUGAACAAAUGGAGAAAGCAGUAAAUUUAAUGUCUCAGGUUCCUAAGCUGUGUAAUGACAUGAUGAAUCUGGGUCGGCUGCAGGGAUACGAGGGUAAACUGACCAGUCAGGGCAAACUGCUGCAGCAGGAAACCUUCUUUGUGACGGAGCAGGACGCCGGUGUCCUGUCGCGCUCGAAAGAACGACGAGUUUUCCUCUUUGAGCAGAUCGUCAUCUUCAGUGAGUUGCUCAGAAAAGGAUCAUCCACGCAAAGAUACCAGUUCAAGAAGAGCAUCAAGGUGUCGUACCUGGGUCUGGAGGAAAGUGUGGAGAACGAUCCCUGCAAGUUCGUCAUGUCAUGUCGCGGCUCAUCUGAGCGUUUCACGCUUCAGGCGGCCAACGUCGACAUCAAGCAAAUCUGGGUCCAACACAUCCAGGAAGUUCUGGACGCUCAGUGCAACUUCCUGUCUGCUCUCCAGUCUCCUAUUGAGUACCAGAAGGACAAAGGCGCAGGAGGCGGCUGCUCGUCACUGACCAGAAACCGUUCGUCCUCUGGGAACCGGCCCAGCAUGUCCUCUCACAGCCGGCCGGCCUCCGCUGUCGGCCUCGGUGACAAGGAGACAGAGAGAGGGAGGAGCCAGAUGAAAGUGUCAACCUCCAACGGUGGUUCGUCGUGUUUUGACUCCAGGGACAACGACGUCGGCUGCAACGGCGUCUCCUCCACCAUGCUGGUCACUCAGAACUACUCAGCGCUCAAGGAGAACGAGAUCUGCGUCAGUCAGGGGGAGGGAGUGCAGAUCCUGGCCAACAACCAGCAGAACAUGUACCUUGUUUACCGUCCCGCCAACAGCCAGUCGCCCGCCGCUGAGGGCUGGGUGCCAGGACACGUCCUGGGCCCAGCCUCAAAGUCCAUAAAAGACUCUUCCUCUACUUCCUCCUUCUCAGCGGCGGUGGCCGAUGCCAACAACAUCAAGAAGUCUCUGUCCUGGAACACUCUGCGUGCCCGGAAGCGCGCCGAAGCCAAGGACAGCACCUUGUUUGGGGUCAGAGGUCACGAGAACGGCCUCUUCCGUAAGCCCAAAGAAACCACGCCCCCUCCCCCUAUCGCCUCCCCGGCCACGGGGGUGAAGGGCAAAGACACGUCAGAUGAGUCAGACUGUGACGAUGACCUCGUCCCAAAGACCGGCAUGGAGCUUCUCAACCCAAACUUCAUCCAGGAAGUGGCUCCAGAGUUCCUCGUCCCUCUGUCAGACGUGGUGUGUGCAUUUGGAGAAACAGUCGUCCUGUGCGGCAAAGUCUGUGGACGACCCAAACCCUCAGUCACCCUGAAGGGCCCCGACCAGAACCCAGUGACCAGCAACAGCCGCUUCACCAUCGACAUCAGGGACACGGGUGACAUCUUGUUGAAGAUCUGCAAUCUGAUGCCUCAGGAUACGGGGAUCUACACCUGUGUUGCUGUGAAUGAACACGGCUCUGCCUCAUCGUCCGCCUCUAUUAAAGUGCAAGGUAUCCCAGCAGCCCCGGGGCGGCCGGUGGCACAGGAAGCCAGCAGCACGGCGGUGAUGAUCGACUGGUCACCGCCGACUUCAUCUGCCCACUGUGCCGUCAGCAACUACACUGUGGAGUACAGACAGGAAGACUCGUUGCUAUGGCAGCAAGUGGCCAGCAGCAGAGAGGAGUGUGUUCAGAUCGACGCUCUGAUCCCUGGCGGUCACUAUCAGUUCAGAGUACGAGCCUCCAACCACUGGGGGGUUGGGCCACCGUCCGAGCCAUCCAACAUGGUGACACUGCCCAGCAGCAACUCUGGAUACGACGGAACAGGAAUCCAGUGGAAGGAAAACUUUGACUCGAGCUUCUCUGAGAUCUGUGAGAUUGGAAGGGGACGAUUUUCCGUGGUGAGAAAAUGUCUCAACAAGUCCACAAAGAAGGAGGUUGCCGUGAAGUUUGUGAGUAAGAAGAUGCAAAAGAAGGAGCAGGCGGCUCAUGAGGCGGACAUCCUGCGACACGCACAGAAUCACCAGCUGGUGGUUCUGUUGGACACAUACGAGUCUCCCAACUCAUUGAUGCUGAUCCUCGAGCUGAUGGAGGAUGGUCGUCUGCUUGACUACCUCGUUGCCCACGAUGAGCUGAUGGAGGAGAAGGUGGCAUUCUUCAUCCGAGAGACACUCGAGGCGCUGCAGCACCUUCACACCUGCAGAGUAGCACACCUGGAUCUCAAGCCUGAGAACAUCAUGGUCGACCUUCACUCUCCCACCCCGUGCAUUAAACUCAUUGACCUUGGCGAUGCUGUCCAGCUGUCCGCCCACCGCCGUUACGUCCACCUCCUGCUUGGAAACCCAGAGUUUGCCGCACCUGAGCUCAUCCGUGGGACACCGGUCUCUGUUGCGACAGACGUGUGGAGCAUUGGCGUGUUGGCUUACGUGAUGCUCAGCGGCGUUUCCCCAUUUCUGGAUGAAUCUCCAGAGGAGACUUGCGUCAACAUCUGCCGCCUGGACUUCUGCUUCCCGGACGAUUACUUCCGCGAUGUGAGUCAGGCAGCAAGGGAUUUUGUGUCGUCGGUGCUGCAGCAGGAUCAGAGGAAGAGGCCAAGUGCUUCGUCCUGUCUGCAGCACCCGUGGGUGGGUCGUGGGGGCGCACAUGGCGGGGAGCACUCCAAGACACCCCUGGACACAACACGGCUGGCCACGUUCAUUGACCGAAGAAAACAGCUGCAUGAUGUUAGGCCCAUCACAAAUAUCAAAGGGCUGGUGAGCAGCAGCAUGGGCAACACACUGUGA